UAGCAGCACAGCUGCUCACAACAUCCUCAGGUUAAGCCCUUCUGACUGGACAUUUUGGACACAUUUUCUGUAUCUGCACAUCCUACAACCCACAAAACAAGAGGAUUUAUUGUCGGUGUGGAAAAACGGGAACUGUCACGGAUAGCUAGCACAGACGUCAGAUAGCAGGCUGCUUUGCCCCGGCACCGUGAGCCACCAACCGGCCGCAGGGACCCGGAGGGGCUGGCUAGCUUAAAGGCUAGCUAACUGGCUUUACCCUGGGAGAGCCUCUCUGACCAGCAUCCUCAAGCACUUCACUGCGUUGACACCAACUCAAAGGGUGUGAAGAUGGAUUGAAACAUGAAGGGCGGAACUGUCCCAUCAUCACAAUAGGAGGGCUUCUCUAUAAGGUUGUGCUCUGCAGCUUAACUGUGUGACUGAACUGGGAGACAGAGAGGAAGAUGCCUCCCAGGCCGUCCUCAGGGGAGCUAUGGGGCAUCCACUUGAUGCCUCCCAGGAUCCUGGUGGACUGCCUGCUGCCCAAUGGGAUGAUUCUGACCCUGGAGUGUCUCCGUGAGGCCACGCUCAUCACCAUCAAACAUGAGCUGUUCAAGGAGGCCAGGAAAUAUCCCCUUCAUCACCUCCUGCAGGAGGAGACGUCCUACAUCUUUGUCAGUGUUACACAGGAAGCAGAGCGGGAGGAGUUCUAUGAUGAGACCCGGAGGCUGUGUGACCUGCGACUCUUUCAGCCCUUCCUCAAGGUCAUUGAACCAGUGGGCAACAGAGAGGAAAAGAUCCUCAACAGAGAGAUCGGUUUCGCCAUUGGUAUGCCUGUGUGUGAGUUUGACCUUGUGAAGGACCCCGAGGUUCAGGACUUCAGGAGAAACAUCCUGAAUGUUUGUAAAGACUCUGUGGAGCUGCGAGACGCCAGCGGGCCCCACAGUAGAGCGCUGUAUGUUUACCCACCCAAUGUAGAAUCCACACAGGAACUUCCCAAACACAUCUAUAGCAAACUGGACAAAGGUCAGAUUAUUGUUGUGAUUUGGGUGAUUGUUUCUCCAAACAACGACAAACAAAAGUAUACGUUGAAAAUCAACCAUGAUUGUGUGCCUGAACAGGUGAUAGCAGAGGCCAUUCGUAAGAAGACACGCAGCAUGCUGCUGUCCCCAGAGCAGCUUAAGAUGUGUGUUCAGGAAUAUCAGGGUAAAUACAUCCUCAAAGUUUGUGGCUGUGAUGAGUACCUGCUGGAAAAGUACCCCAUCAGCCAGUAUAAGUAUAUCCGUAGUUGCAUCAUGCUGGGCAGGAUGCCUAACCUGAUGCUAAUGGCUAAGGACAGCCUGUACACCCAGCUGCCUACAGAUAACUUUGUCAUGCCUUCAUACUCUCGGCGCAUCUCCACAGCAACGUCCUAUAUGAAUGGCGAGGCAGCUGCCAAGUCGCUGUGGACCAUCAAUGGAACGCUGCGGAUACGAAUCCUGUGUGCUACCUAUGUUAACGUCAAUAUACGUGACAUAGACAAGAUAUAUGUGAGAACAGGCAUUUACCAUGGAGGUGAACAGAUGUGUGACAAUGUCAACACACAGAGAGUGCCCUGCUCUAACCCCAGGUGGAAUGAGUGGCUCACCUAUGAUAUGUACAUCCCAGACAUACCCCGUGCUGCCAGACUCUGCCUCUCCAUCUGCUCUGUGAAGGGCAGGAAGGGAGCUAAAGAGGAGCACUGUCCACUGGCUUGGGGUAAUAUUAACUUGUUUGACUACACUCACACUCUGGUGGCCAACAAGAUGGCUCUGAACCUCUGGCCUGUCCCUCAUGGCCUUGAAGACCUCCUCAACCCCAUAGGGGUCACUGGCUCCAACCCUAAUAAGGAGACCCCUUGUCUGGAGAUAGAGUUUGAUCACUUUAGUAGUUCAGUCAAAUACCCAGAUAUGAAUGCAGUAGAGGAUCAUGCAAACUGGACCAUCUCAAGGGAACUGGGGUUUAACUACAACAUCUCUGGACAGAGCAACCGUGUGGCCAGAGAUCACGCCCUGACAGAGAGCGACACUGAGCAGCUGAAGCAGCUGAGUAACAGAGACCCUCUUUCAGAAAUCACUGAGCAGGAGAAAGACUUCCUCUGGAGACACAGACACUACUGCAUGAACAUCCCUGAGAUCCUUCCCAAGAUCCUUCUCGCUGUCAAGUGGAACUCCAGAGAUGAAGUAGCACAGAUGUACUGUCUGUUAAAGGAAUGGCCCUCUAUCCGUCCUGAGCAGGCCAUGGAGCUGUUGGACUGUAACUAUCCAGACCCCAUGGUCAGGCACUUUGCUGUACGCUGCCUUGACAAAUACCUGACUGAUGACAAACUGUCCCAGUACCUCAUCCAGCUUGUACAGGUAUUAAAAUAUGAGCAGUAUCUUGACAAUCCCCUGGCCCGUUUUCUUCUCAAAAAGGCCCUGACCAAUCAAAGGAUAGGACAUUUCUUCUUCUGGCAUCUCAAGUCAGAAAUGCACAAUAAAACAGUGAGCCAGAGGUUUGGGCUGCUGUUAGAGGCCUACUGCAGGGCUUGUGGCAUGUACCUCAAACACCUGAGCAGGCAGGUAGAAGCCAUGGAGAAGCUUAUUAACCUCACUGACAUCCUUAAACAGGAGAAGAAGGAUGAGACACAGAAGGUCCAGAUGCGGUUUCUUGUGGACCAGAUGAAGAGACCAGACUACAUGGAUGCUCUGCAGAACUUCACUUCUCCUCUCAACCCUGCACACCAACUGGGAAACCUAAGGUUAGACGAAUGCAGGAUCAUGUCAUCAGCUAAGAGACCGUUGUGGCUCAACUGGGAGAAUCCAGAUAUCAUGUCAGAGCUGCUCUUUCAGAACAAUGAGAUAAUCUUCAAAAAUGGAGAUGACUUGCGGCAGGAUAUGCUGACAUUGCAGAUCAUUAAAAUCAUGGAGAAUAUUUGGCAGAAUCAGGGCCUGGACCUGCGGAUGCUUCCCUAUGGCUGUCUGUCAUUAGGAGACUGUGUGGGUCUCAUUGAGGUGGUUCGCAGCUCCCACACCAUCAUGCAAAUUCAGUGUAAAGGAGGUUUGAAAGGAGCCCUGCAGUUCAACUCAAACACUCUGCAUCAGUGGCUCAAGGACAAGAACAAGGGCGAGAUGUAUGACAUGGCUGUGGAUCUGUUUACGAGGUCCUGUGCUGGCUACUGUGUAGCUACAUUUAUCCUUGGGAUAGGAGACAGGCACAACAGCAACAUUAUGGUCAAAGAUGAUGGACAGCUGUUUCAUAUAGAUUUUGGCCAUUUCCUGGAUCAUAAGAAGAAGAAAUUUGGCUACAAGAGAGAACGAGUGCCCUUUGUGCUGACACAAGACUUCCUCAUUGUCAUCAGCAAGGGAUCCCAGGAGUGUGCGAAGACCAAAGAGUUCGAAAGGUUCCAGGAGAUGUGCUAUAAAGCCUACCUGGCCAUCCGGCAGCACGCUAACCUCUUCAUCAACCUGUUCUCCAUGAUGCUGGGCUCUGGCAUGCCCGAGCUGCAGUCAUUUGAUGACAUUGCCUACAUUAGGAAGACUCUGGCCCUGGAGAAGAGCGAACAGGAGGCGUUGGACUACUUCAUGAAACAGAUGAACGAUGCUCACCAUGGAGGAUGGACCACCAAGAUGGACUGGAUAUUCCACACAAUUAGACAGCAUGCACUAAACUGAUCUCCUGCACACACAAAAAAACUCCCACCAUAAAGUAUUUACUUCUGUCAGCCAGCUGUUCAAGUCUGAAGCACGGAGCACCAAUUUCAUUUCUCCAUCACAGCAGAUGUCCUGAACAGCUCACUGAUGAUGAAAGUUUGCAGCUUGAAUAUUUCUUUUUUUUUAAACACCAGCACCAUUUCUGUUUAGUUCUUCUUUUUCUGCAUUUCCUGACCAUGAUCAUCUUCCUUUUUGUGUGGUCACACUUCCCUCUGUUUGUCCUGCGUCUACAAGGCAGCGUUGUCCUCACGGCCCUCUGAAGAUGUGCCCUACCUGGCUGAUGCUUGUACCUUUGGCUACUAUGCUUCCAGUAGGUAGCCAAGGAAAUUUUACCGCUUACCCUGCUGCCCUUGCAGGAAAAACACAAAUUGGACAAAUCGUGAAAGAGUGUAAAAAAAAAAGAUGAAUCUGCCCGUCUAUAAAUUUAGCCACAAAGUUCAACUCGCUGCCCUUCUGCUGUAUUAGUGCUGCACUGUGGCUCCACCCCAGAAAGGAAGUGCAUGGGAAACUUCUUGUUUGUUUGUUUUCUUUUUAAAUCGUAUCACUGCUGAGAAGAUAACGGGCACAAGGGACUGUCUGAUUAUCUUAGAUUAUAGAAGUGUGACUCAAAUUUGUUGUACAGUGCAGGGUUACUGGAGUACGGGAGCUUCGAUAAUGACUACCACUGCACAGUCUUGCCCUGAGCUGAUUUGGUGUCGGCUUUUGACCCUUUGUGAGGAAAUUUCAAAGCUCAAAAACUGCUGAAGAGUCUCUGGGUUGUUUUGCACAGCUCUACAGUCUCAGUGAAAAAGCGCUCCGCCCUUGGGAACAUUUGUUGGUGGCGCAGCGUUGGACUCUUGCAUAACCUUCAGGAUGAUGAUGCCUCUCCUUCAAAAAACAGCACUUAGAAAAAACAAAAUAAUAUACAGAUUUAUUAUGACUUUUUAAAUUUAUUUAUGUAUUGUAGUUUCUUUUAGUUUCUACACCCUAACUCAACUCUCCAGAAACACACCAGUGUUUGUCUAAAUAUAUGUGUUUGUUUUUUGUUUCUACUUUUUACUUUUUUUGCUUCCUUCUGCCUUCUUUUGACCAAGAAUGCAACAGCUUUUCCCUGUUUUUUAGUAAGACUGCUUGUUCUUUUUUUGCAUACUUGGGAAGGCAAAAUGGCAAGAGUCAAAGUGCCAGUCUCACAUUUAUUGAAGAAUGGGACCUAUUUUAAGCCUCUGGCUGUCUGCUGUGACGGUGAGCAAAGGCCCAGGGGAAUGUCUUCCUGUUGAUAAAAUGCCUUGGCGUCACAGCACAACACUCCACGACAGUGCACACUGCUAAAUCCUACAACCUCUUCUUAAACGAGCUGUAGUAAGUAAACCAGCACUAUUAACAUGAAAAGCAUGAGAAGCUAGCUUUGCCCUUCAUUGUGUAUUAUUUAUAUUUCUAACCAUGUUAGGUUGAUGGUUUUAAGCAUGUCCCCAAUUAGAAUGUCUUUAAAAUUUUUUGACUGAGCCCAUAAUGCUGGCGUCGUUCGAGCCAUGCUUCCUGUUGCCAGGCAGUGUUAAAGCCAUGCUCUGCACCUUUUUGUUGGAAGCUUAAAUUUUACACAUUUUUCAAAACAGAAAGAUUUGAACAUGUGGUGUUUUCAGCAUUUUAAAGUCAAUGAAGUGGCUGCUGCUGCCAUUGAAACAGUUUGCAUGGAUGAGAUUAAUAUAUGAGAGGGAUUUCAACAUGUCAUUCAAAUUUGAUUGAGUUUCUCAAAAGUGGGCAUGGUUUAGCAAGUACAGAGUGAUGUGGAGCUGUAGGACUGUUCCACCUACACCACCUACCUUGUUUGGUCUGUAGGCAGAGGAUGAGGGUGAAAUGAAUAAAUUAGAUGUCGGCGAUAUUCUGUGGACACAUUGGUUCUACUGUUGCAUCACUCUGCUAGCUACUGUGAGCCACUAGCUAACAGUCAAGUGCGCUUUUAUAUGACGGGGUGGGGUUAGCUAAUUUCAUUGGAUUUAUUUGUGUAAACGCCUCCAUGUUUAAGAUGAAUCAUCAAAAAAUCUUGAAUGCUAUACAGAAGGAGAAAAGGUAAAGAUUUUAAUGUAAAAUCCUCAAAAAUGCAUUUUUGUUUCACUGUCUCUUUGAAGAGACCAUAGCUGGCUGGUCUCUGAAGAUGGGCCAUUUUGGAAUUUCUAAAAUCCAAAAUGAUUUAAUAAAAGAUGUUUUGAUAAUCAGAGAACAGUGAAAGGCAGUAAAUCUAACUUUGCCAGUUUAAUUGAGAAACUCUUGUACAGUGAUCUUUGCUGAGGAGAGAAUGUAGUAUUUUAUAAGAAAAGGUGACUCAGAGCAGCCUCACUAGCGCCCGACUUCCUCAUAAUGUACCUAGAAAGACGUUUGGAUGUGGGCAUAGCUAAAUUAUUGUCUUAGUAACCCUACAGUGUGAAACUCAAUCAGCCAGCAAAACAGAAAGUCUGCACUUCGCCAGUUCCAACAUUGAUUGUAUUGAAAAGCCAAAGUUGUGGUCUGCUCUGAUGUGGCGCUUGUUUGGGAUGUUAUAUUAUUGCAGCAUUAAUGGCUAGAAUGUACUUAGUUGCUAAUAUGGACCUUAGGUGUGCUCAUCUCUUUUUUUUUUGCAUCAUUCAUGUUUCCUUUCUAAUGUUAGGCGAAGUUCCACUCAACAUACAACAGGUUAUCAGCAGAGAGCUCUUCUGUCCAUCACUAAUCCUUUUUUUUCUCAACGUGCCAAAUCAGGCAUCACUGAGGCCUGUAGAAACUAAUGCUGGAGGUGCAUCAUGCAGUAAGGCAUAUCAGUUACAGACUUUAAAAAGAAAAAAAAAAGAAGAAAAGGGUUGGGGUGUGCACUUCAGAAUUCUAGCUCUCAAUGCCUUUUUGUCCAAUAGGACUCUGUAAGAAGAAAGUUAGCCUAGUGUACAUGUCUAUCAAGCAGCAUAACCAGUAUGUAUGAUGUGCAUUUUGAAGCAGCAUUAAAGCACCAGUGUGUAGAAUUGGGUGGUAUCUAGUGGUGAAGUUGCAGAGUGCAACCAACUGAACAUCCCUCGCCUCCUUCCAAGUGCGUAGGAUAACCUAGUGUGGCCGUUUUGGUUUGUCCUUUCUGGGCGACUGUAGAAACAGGCCGGUGCACUGUGGAUGACGACACACUCCCUCUGUAGCUAUAAAGGGCUCAUUCUAAGGUAAUGAAAACAGAACGAUUCAUAUUUUCAGGUGAUUCUACACUAAUAAACAUAAUUAGAUAGUCAAUAGAUCCCCCUAAAUCCUACACACUGGAUAUUUAAGCUGUGUAUGUACAGUUACAGUCAAACCUCUUUUUCUAUGGGAGGCUUCAUGUGCGACAAACCUGCAGUGUUGUUAUCUUUACUGUCGUUUCCCAUGUGCUCUCCAAACUGAAGCAUGUGAGUGUGUUUGUGUGUGCAUUAAUUGUGUUUCUGUACAGGUUGCAGAGCUUCAUUGGCAGGCUCCAAUGAAAACCCACACUAUGUAUGUAUGUAUGUACAUGUCCAUGUGUCUGUGUGUGACACUUAACUGUUGAAGUGAUGGUGUCUCUAAAUGUUUUGUAAGCCUUUUUUUCCCACUGGCUUGUCUGUGCCAGAGGAAGGAGAAACAAGAAAAAAAAAAAAAAAAACGGUGAAGUUUUUGCAUCGUUUGUAAGGAAGCAAACGAGGGGAAAUGGAGAAACUUUUUUCAUACAUCAGUUGUAAAUGUUUUACUUGAAAUGUCGCGAAUCGGAACCACAGCUGUUUUUUGUUGGUUUAAAAUGGAGAUGGGGCGGGGGUGCAGCGUCUAUUUAGUACUGAUUGUGAGAGUGUGUGUGUGUGUGUGUGUGUGUGUAUUUUACUGUACGUAAGCACCGAAGGUUGAAGCAUUGUGUAUAGGCUGUAUGUUUGAUACUGGUAGUGAGUUUUAUUGAUGCCACAGUCCUGAGUUUCCAAAGUGAACACUCAGCUACGUCUUGAACUAAUGAAGGACUAAAGUUGUCCUUGAGUUCUCAUUUCUAAGAUCAGGUGCAGCCUGAACUAUGACGAAGUAUCUUACAGUAUUUAAGAAGAUUUGAUAAUCUUGUAUUUUCAUCUUCAGCCUCAAAAUCCUUAAAAUGUUCAGCACCGAAGUGACAGUUCUCACAUCUUUGCAGAGCGCGUUUGUUUCUCCGGGUCCUCAACUUUGGCACUGAAGUGGUGCAGGAAUUCUGCAAGAACUGUUGCACUAGUUUUUCCUCCCUGAUGUGAAGGCUUUGAUGGCAAACAUGCUUUAUCCCUUUUAAAUGUCAAAAAGCUCAGCGAUGAAAACGCAGGCUCAUGUUUUACAAAUCUGCUUAUCACAUGAUCAACGCUCAACUAUCUGCAGGAGAUUGAGUGUCACAUAAUGAUGCACGCUCAUUGACCUGCUGUUUUACUAAGAAGUUGAAGUUGGAAAUGAUCUUAUUUAAGCACCUUAUGUGUGCAGAGAAAUACUGACAGACUUUCUGUGAAGUUGAACAGACGAGUGAAAAUCUGCUUUCAUUCAGUCAUUCUUCAGUUUGCCCCUGCUAAUACAAUCAUCAUCACAUCAUGAUCUGAGCUAUAAUCCCAUGACAAACAGUGGACAUAAUAACAUGAACACUUAGAAAAUCCAAUGCGAUUCAAUGCAAUAUCUGUGUAGUAAAUUACUACUUUUGUGAAACUUACAGCGUCUGACCUUGAUGAGUACCAGACGAGACGUGUUUUCUGUUACUGUCGGACACGUGUUCACGUUAUUGUUUCCACCACCUGUGCGAAUAAAGACCCUGAUGCUUUGUGAAUCUGGCCACAGAUCUUAAUCUGUGUGUUUCUGCCUGCAAAGCAGUUAAAUACAAACUGUCAAAGCCUUGUUUUAACACAGUGUUUUUAGAAACCCUUUGAACCGAAUGAAUGUCGAGAGUUUCAAACUCCUAUGCUUUGAGAAAAAAAAGCAUUGGAAUCAAGACUAAUUACGUACUAAUCGUUUCGAUAACUGAUCAUUUGUGAUCAUUAUUGAGGCUUCUUAAAUGUCCCAAGCUUUCACUUUGAAGAGAAAUAUUGACUCAGUGGUCUGUGGUUUCAUGUUCUUUUCUGUAUGCAGUGCUCUAAACUACAUUUUAAUGUGUCACUAAUAAUUUCCAACAUACCAUGCUGUCAGAACUAUACUACGAAUGAAUGUACAAUGGGCCAAUAUAUUGGUUUUCCACAACCUACCUGCAUGAGAUUGUCGGUAAAGAUGAAUACUCUUCUUGCUACAUGUAUUAUUUGUUUGUUUUUUUUAUUUAGUCUGCUAAGCAGCCAUACAGAUGUUUAUAAAUUGAUGCCUUAAGUUUGCUCCCUGUAGGAACAGUUUCUAGGAGAAGUUCUUCCACAGAAUAACCUGCGUUUUUAUUUAUAAAUGUAUAAUGUGUUUCGUUUUGGCUCCCUGGUCACAGAGUAAAGGUUUGUACCCUGACUGACCGACUGACUGACUGGUCAUCUGAGUGUUCUGUGAAGAUGUACAAAUAAAUUUGUUAAACAUUCACCCAGCUGUGUUUGCCCGUGCACUGUCCUCUCUUGCAGUAUGACUGUAAAGCAGGCCUCUUAACAAAAUCUUACUUUCUUCAUGUCAUGAUCCUGGGU